CUACGCUAUCAUAAGAUACACUGCUACCGACUGUUUCAAUACCUCCCUAACGUUAAAGUGGGUCAAAAUGCCAGGCAAUAUUAGUGGACUGCAGCAAUUCCUCUGCCCGGGAAAGCCCAGGUUUACGGACGAAGACCUCCCAGACCUAAGGGACAAGGUCAUUAUUAUCACCGGCUCUAAUACAGGUUUGGGCAAAGAGAUAGCCCAACUUGUUUACUCUAAGAAUGCGAAGGUUUAUAUGAUGACACGGUCCGAAGAGAAAGCUAAGAAGGCGAUCGAGAGCAUCAAGGCCGCCGUACCUAAUUCGAGUGGAGAAUUGAUAUUCAUCCGCCUAGAUUUAGCCGAUAUCACCACCAUCAAAAGCUCUGCAGAUCAAUUCCUUCAAAAGGAGCAGGCCCUUCACGUCUUAUUUAACAAUGCCGGAGUCGGGUACCCUGAUAAGGAUGCCAAGACCAAACAAGGCUACGAACUUCAGCUGGGUGUCAACUGCAUUGGAUCGUUCGCUUUGACUAAGCUUCUAACGCCGGCGCUCGUGUCUACUGCCGAAGCGUCGCCGCCUGGUACGGUCCGCGUAGUCUGGGUUUCGUCUUCGGCCGCGGAAGCCGUGAGUCCUCGAGGCUUCGUGGAGGGUCUGCCCGGGAUCCAGGACAGAUCGGCAUUGGACAAGUACAGCCUGAGCAAGCUAGGGAACUACCUGCACUCUACCGAGUUUGCUACUCGUCAUAAGAAUGACGGGGUAAUUUCUAUAUCGCUAAAUCCCGGGGCUCUCGAUUCGGAAUUUUGGCGAGAUCAGGGCGCCGUGACAACGUGGGUCUUGAGGAAAACUUUGUUGCAUCCACCGGUCUAUGGGGCGUACACGAGUCUAUUUGCCGGUUUCUCGCCCGAGAUUACUCUUGCUCAGUCAGGCAGCCACGUUGCUCCGUGGGGCAUGAUGUGGAAAGUGUCAAAAGAGAUGAUCGAAGCGUCUAAGACGAAAGCGGAGGGUGGCACCGGGGUUGGGCAGCAGUUCUGGGCGUGGACUGAGGCACAGAUUGAGCCAUAUCUUUGAGGGCUACUUCAUAUCUCUUUUGGCGAAUAGGCGAUUAGGCACCUGAUUACCUAUGUCUUGUGAACGAAGCUUGUUCGGGGUGGGGGAGUCCGUUGGCGUUGAACGUGUGUGGUGGCUCGACUCUUGAAAGCCCAAAUAUUUCUAGUAUAUAUCAUCGAGACGUGUUCUUGUCGUGCGGAAUAGUCCCUCUUGUGAUGCAAAUUCACGGAUA